AUAUUAUAAAAUAUUUUUAUAACACUGUUCUGUGACAUAACGUGGCGUAAAGUAUAUUUUAGUUUUUUAUGUUCAAUGUUUUUAACGGUGUAAUAUUUACUGCAGAGAAACUCGUACUUUUAUUUGUACGUUUUUAUGUUGGUGACAUAUUCUAAAAAUGUACUUUUGUAGCUUUUUAAACACCUUUUUGUAUUUAUUGUAAUCUUAAAAUACAAUGAUGUCUUUUUUUUAUUGUGAUUCUUUUUCUUUUUAAAAUGUUUAACAAAUUGAUUGUAAUAUAAUUUUUUUGUCUUUUCAGGGUAAAGUAGGUGAUUUUUUUUGGGGAAGAAGCAAAACGACGGUAGAUUACAGAGUAGAUUACAGAGAUUAAAUGCAGUUUAUUUACAUUUAAGAAUCAAAAAUUAAGCAAUUAAGCACAUUCUUUUUCAACAUUUUUGAAAAUUAAAAAGGUUCCUGUUCCAGAUAUUUAUGUUUAUUAUAUUUGUCAUUAAAGCACCUGAUGAUGAUGAUGAUGAUGAUGUCUGUGACGGAACAUGGAUUUACACAGACAGACAGACAGACAGACAGACAGACAGACAGAAAACAAUAUUCAGUGACACAAGUGAAGAUUGCAUUUGAGGCUUUAAAGCUUCACUGGUCAAGUAUGAAAAAAAAAUCAGUGACUAAAGCACAUGUACACAAGCUCACACACACACACUCACUCACGCACACACACACACACUCACUCACACACACACACAAGCUCACACACACACACUCACUCACACACACACACAAGCUCACACACACACACGCACACACACACACGCACACUCACACACACGCACACACACGCACGCACACACACUCACUCGCGCACACACACAAGCUCACACACACACACACACAAGCUCACACGCACACACACACACACACGCACUCACUCACGCACACACACUCACACACACUCACUAAUACACCAGGCUUUCUCGGAGCAAAAUCGGAUUUUUGAACCUCCCUAAUCCCCGGUUACAAUCUGCAUCCUGCCAUCAGUGAGGGAGAGAAGAGGGGAGGAGGAGGGCUCUAAGCUCCGCCCUCUCCCUACUGCCAAUCCAGGCAGGCACGCACACACACACACACACAUGAAGAAUGAUGUUUAACUGUGAGCCACAGAGCGACGGACACUCCUGCACCUGCUGCUGCUGGGAUGGAGGGAGCGGGUGAACGAGUGCAAACUCUCUUCUUCUUCUUCUUCUUCUUUGUGUUAUUUUGCCGCGGUUUUGCGUGGGCGAGCGGAUUAACGGUGAGAUAUUCCUCAUGGGACUGAGCGGAGUGCAACGGGAACACGAGGACGCUGUGAAGAAGAAGGAGAAGAAGUGAUCGUGAAGUAAAAGUCCUUUGUUUAUCCGCAGGUGGCGCCCCCUGCUGACCACACAGCCACAUGUCUGGAUCAGGAGAUCCUCCUCCUCGUCGCCCGGGCCUCCUGACGCCCUCAUGACUCCACGACGACGGCCGACAUCACAACCACCGCGACUCUUGCAGGAGCCCCCACUCUGACCUUUGACCUUGAUGAAUGGAUGCCGACAGGACUGGGGGCGGAGGACUGAGGAGGACCAUGUUCUCCUGCUGGAUCCUUCUGCUUCUCUUCUGCCAAGGAUCCGUGUUCCCUAACGUCCGCAGUGAACUUCCGUUUAUGUCGGGGAAUAACGCCGCCAUGCUCGUCAACUGGAACGCUGUUGACGGAAACAAGAAGCUGUUCGCCAUCUAUGACACCAGCGUCAAUGAACCGGGGAACAUGUCUUUCGUGAAGGAGACCGUGGACAAACUGCUCAAAGGUUACGACAUCAGACUCAGGCCGGACUUUGGAGGGCCUCCUGUUGCCGUGGGGAUGAGCAUCGAUGUGGCCAGCAUAGACAUGGUGUCAGAAGUCAACAUGGACUACACGCUGACCAUGUACUUCCAGCAGUACUGGAGGGACAAGCGCCUGGCCUACACCGGGAUCCCGCUCAACCUGACCCUGGACAACAGGGUCGCAGACCAGCUCUGGGUCCCCGACACCUACUUCCUCAACGACAAGAAGUCCUUCGUCCAUGGGGUGACGGUGAAAAACCGCAUGAUCCGUCUUCAUCCAGACGGGACCGUCCUCUACGGACUGAGGAUAACAACGACGGCGGCAUGCAUGAUGGAUCUCAGGAGGUAUCCUCUGGACGAGCAGAACUGCACCCUGGAGAUCGAGAGCUAUGGCUACACCACGGACGACAUCGAGUUCUACUGGAAAGGCGGCGAGUCGGCUGUGACGGGGGUGACGCGGAUCGAGCUGCCUCAGUUCUCCAUCGUGGAUUAUAAGCUGGUUUCCAAAAACGUGAUCUUCUCCACAGGUGCCUACCCUCGACUCUCUCUGAGCUUCAAGCUGAAGAGGAACAUCGGAUACUUCAUCCUGCAGACGUACAUGCCGUCCAUCCUGAUUACCAUCCUGUCCUGGGUCUCCUUCUGGAUAAACUACGAUGCGUCGGCAGCCAGAGUGGCUCUCGGCAUCACCACGGUGCUCACCAUGACGACCAUCAACACUCACCUGAGGGAGACGCUGCCUAAGAUCCCGUACGUGAAAGCCAUCGACAUGUACCUGAUGGGCUGCUUCGUCAUGGUCUUCCUCGCGCUGCUCGAGUACGCCUUCGUCAACUACAUCUUCUUCGGCCGAGGACCUCAGAUGCAGAAGAAGCUAGCGGAGAAGGCGGAGAAGGCUAACAACGAGCGCACGGCCAAGUACGACGCCGCCAGGGAGGCAGGUAGUCGGACCGCGUCCCUAAAGCGCUCCAAUCAGGUUAAAGGUCUUCGCCACUCGCGCUCGGCGGAGCCUCACGGCCACGGGAAUGUCCUCCUCACCACGCUGGAGAUCCACAACGAGGUGGCGGGCGGCGAGAUCACCACCAGCGUGGCCGACAUCAGGAACUCUCAGUCCAUGGUGCAGCUGGACAGCUCGGCUCCGCCCCCUCACGUCCAGUACCGCAAGCAGAGCGGCGGCGUGGGCCCACGCUCCACCAGCCGCCCCUCCCUUGAUCGCUCCGCCCAUAUGAAGCGCAGCCGCCUGCGGAGGCGGUCCUCACAGCUGAAGAUCAAAAUCCCCGACCUGACUGACGUGAACGCCAUCGACCGCUGGUCGAGGAUCAUCUUCCCGUCCGUCUUCUCGCUCUUUAACCUGAUUUACUGGCUCUACUACGUGUGAUCCGCCCCCGCAGUGUCCUCACGUCCUCACGAGGACACACAGACACAGACAGACAGAGACUGUGCUUUGGACAAAGUUCUCUUGUUUUUAUAUUUCAUUUAUUCUUCUGUUUGUUUGUCGUGUGUUUUUCUCACGUACGUUUGUACGAACUUUAACUGACACGUUUGUAAAUACACAAGAGACACAAAGCCAGCAACACACAAACACACACACAACACACACAACACAAACAAACACACACAACACACAAACACAACAAACAAACACACACAACACACAAACACACACACAACAGACACACACACAACACACAAACACAACAAACAAACACACACAACGCACAACACACAAACAUACACACAACACACAAACACACACACCACACAACACACAAACAUACACACACAACACACAAACACACACACCCCACAACACACAAACACAACAAACAAACACACACAACACACAUACACACAACCACACACAACCCACAAACAUACACACAACACACACAACACACAAACAUACACACACAACACACAAACACACACACCCACAACACACAAACAUACACACAACACACAAACAUACACACAAACACACACAAACAUACAAACACAACACACAAACACACACACAACACACAAACAUACACACAACACACACAAACACAACAAAGAAACACACACAACACACAAACAAACACAACACACACACAAACACAACACACAACACACAAACAAACACAACACACACACACAACACAAACAAACACACAACACACAAACAAACAAACACACAACAAACACACACACACAACACACAAACAAACAUGCAACAAACAAACACACAACAAACACACAAACACAACAAACAAACACACAACACAACAAACAAACACAACAAACAAACACACAAACACACACAACAAAGAAACAGACACAACAAACAAACAAACACAACAAACAAAUAAACAAACACACAACAAACAAACACAACAAAUUGAGACUGACGUUUUGCACUUUUCUUUUUUCUUGACGACAAAAGUCCCUGAAAAUAAAAAACACAAACUUUUACAUAAUUUGAAAUACGGAGGAAAAAAAAGCACAAGUACUGAAACAAAACUGCCAUUUUUUCCACGACAGCGCUCCGAGUGGUGGCACGACAGAAUUGCACUCGAAUUUCUUCCUCCAACUGCCAAGGGCCUUUUUGUGGCGAUCGUUACUCAAACCCAGAAAUAUUCCAGUAUUUUUCUACGCUGUCUUUUCAGGUAAUACUUUUAUUUGAUUUAUUAGCUCGAUGCUAACUCUGCUUUUCUUUGUACAUAAAUGUAUAUAUAUAUACAAAUAUACAGUGUGUUUGGCCCAGAAUGAUCGCGACUUUUGAUCGUCGGAAAAAAGAAGGAAAAAGGAUUGAACACAUUCCAAACAUCUGUUGCUUCUCAGACGGGAUGGGACGAUAUAAGCCCUUCCUGUUUCCUGUCACUGAUAAUAAUGCGAUGAUUGUAAAAACUAUGCUUUGAGACUCUUCUUUUCGAUUUUAGCUUUCAGUAAAUGUUCGCAAAUAUGAUGAAAGGCAGAGGAAACACACUAAUGUUUAUGCAUAUUUAUGUUACGCACAAAAACAACUUUAUGCACUGCCGUAAAAAAAACACGUUAUUAACGUUACCAAAAAAUAUUUUACAAAAACAUGUCACUGUUGUGAAAAAAAAGCCUCAUUUUCCCCAAAAAUGUAAAAUGCUGUUACAAAAAAAUUGGGCUUUCAUAAAAAAGAUUUUAACGUCACUGAACUGAUACAAAAGAAAUUUGUGAAAAAUGUUCGAACUUUGCAAAAGGAAAAUACUGGGAAAAUUUUACAUUUUACAAAAUUUUGUAAAGUCGCAAAAAAAACCUCUUACUCAGGUUAAACACUUACAAGUGAAAAACAAGAAUCGCAAUUAUGAUUGCGAUAAAUCUUGAUGUCCUGGGAUCACGGGAAAGAUGCGGCUCCCCCUUGUGGCACUUCAAAUUAAAACACUAGCCUGCGUUUUUAAAGUUUUUUAAAGUCACGUACGUCAAACAUUAACACUUUUCUCCAGUCGCGAAAAAUGAAAACUCACCACGAUCGACUUUUUAAUCGCAAUAAUAUCGCAUACAUACGUGCAUACACACAUAUAUAUCGUCCCAACCCGACCUGGUAAACAUCAAACCCUGUUGCACUUUUGCUGGUUCCCUCCUGAUGUUUGUGAGGCAGUCAAUGGAUUUUCAAAGGCUGCACACACACACACACACACACACACACACACACACACACAGUAUAUAGCAUUGAAUGUAUCAGAUCCAUAGUUCAGGGAGAGGAUAACGAGCCAUGAGCGGCUUACGGACAAAUGUCGACGUGUUUUAGUUUGUGGAUGAAAAAAAAAAGAAGCAUUUCCUCUGACGAUGACCUGUGCCAUCUCACCUGAGCUCACGGACGACAGAGGAAACAGGGAUUUAUGACUCACACCUGAAUGUAUCGGACUUGGAUUGUUGCUGCGUUUUCCUGGGAACAAGGAUCGACCUCCUGUGUGAUGUCCAGGCUGCUGCUGCUGCUGCUGCUGCUGGUCCCACGUCCUGUUUUCUACUGUGUAGAUGAAGCCACGUGCAAAAAACCCACAAAGAAGAAGACGGUAAAGCUCCAGCUCUGACUGAAAACAUGUAUGUUUAUGAAGAAGAUAAAGCACUCAGAGCCAAGGUCGCGCUCUUUUCCACUGUACUAGUACAUUCCACUCUGUGGUGAAGCUGAAAUCAUUUCCUCCUCGAGCGGCGCCGACGUCCUCGGACAACAUUUAAUCCUAAACAAAACAACAAAACCAUCAAAUCCUGUAUGUUUUGGAUUCUUUCUUUGCGUUGUUUUCUAAUUGGCUGAGUCAUACUGAGAUGUGUAGCUAGCAAAAUUAUUAUUUUCCUAUAAUACAGAUUAUGUAAUCUAGUCAAAUUUACAUGUUAACUUUGUAAAACCACUGAAAUUCUCUUUAGUUUUCUCGUCCAGAGAAAAGUUUUUGGCACCUUUUUUUGUCGUCGCUGUUUUGCGACAAAGUCGUCAGAGCUUCAAUCUUUUUGUAAAUAAAUCAUUUAAAAUCCACGGAUUCCUCGAGGGCGACGCCUUCUCGACUCUCUGGUUUCGUUUGUCAAACGCAAUGUUUUUGUCGUGCGGUCAAACACGAUGUUUUUGUCGCAUGGUCAAACGCGAUGUUUUUGUCGCGCGGUCAAAUGCGAUGUUUUUGUCGUGCGGUCAAACACGAUGUUUUUGUCGCAUGGUCAAACGCGAUGUUUUUGUCGCGCGGUCAAACACGUAGCUAAAAGGUGUUUAACUUCUUCUUCUUCUGCAUGUAAUGAUGAUUUGUGACUUGGGAAGAUUUAUUAUUAAAAAUAAUAAUGAGAAAAAGAUAUUUUACAAACUGCCAACUGCUUAGUUUCGAUACAUUAUGCCAUGUGAGCCUACGUUACAAAGUUUAAAAAUACAUAUAUAUAUAUAUAUAUAUAUAUAUAUAUAUAUAAAUAAAGACUUCAGGUGUUGUAUGGCCUUGGUCCCAUAAUGGAAUGUGAAAUGUUCUGUGCUGCCACAAACAUGUAUGUAGGCUUAGAUUUCUAAUGUAUAUCUCUGUAUGUUUCUCUUCCCUUUUCAAUAGAUGCUCAUGUUAAACCAUCAAAUAAAGAUAUACAUUGUA